AUGUCUGCUUCACUGGGGCUGCGUCUUCUCUACUGUUGCUCCAAGCCAGGUACUGCCUACUCAAGAUGCACUACUUCCCGUCCCUUCAGUGUCAGCGUGCAGCGGAAUGGCUUUAAAUAUGUAAAUGCCACGGAGCAGCAGAAUGACCUCAAGUCCAUCACCGACCGUGCUGCAACAACUCUUCUAUGGACAGAACUCUUCAGAGGAUUGGGUAUGACCAUGAGUUACCUUUUCCGUGAACCAGCCACCAUCAACUAUCCCUUUGAGAAGGGCCCUCUCUCACCUCGCUUCCGUGGGGAGCAUGCCCUUCGUCGCUACCCUAGUGGGGAGGAGCGCUGCAUCGCUUGCAAGCUCUGUGAGGCAAUCUGCCCUGCUCAGGCCAUUACCAUUGAGGCAGAGACUCGCGCUGACGGCAGCAGGCGAACUACGCGCUACGACAUUGAUAUGACCAAGUGCAUUUACUGUGGCUUCUGCCAGGAAGCCUGCCCUGUAGAUGCCAUUGUUGAGGGUCCAAACUUCGAGUUUUCUACAGAGACACAUGAGGAGCUGCUGUACAACAAGGAAAAGCUGCUCAACAAUGGCGACAAAUGGGAGGCUGAGAUUGCUGCCAACAUCCAAGCAGAUUACCUUUACAGAUAG